AUGACCUCUUCAGACAACAUUUCGGGUUCAGAUUUGAUUUUGGAACUAGUGACACUGAAUCCAGUUAUAUCAAUUCUGGCUACACAGGCCAGCGUCGGAAAUCACACGGGCGGAGAGGAGAACCAGAGUAUACCCGUGAAGAGUUCCGAAGGAAACUCGGUGCUUCAAGGCAUAGCUGUGGCUGCGCAAGCACUGUUGCUCUUGGCUAUAUUUCUCCUGUCCAGUUUAGGUAAUUCGGCCGUAGUAAUUGUUAUAAUCAAGCACAGGCAGCUGAGAACCGUGACAAAUGCUUUCAUUAUGUCCCUCUCCCUCUCUGAUUUCCUGACCGCCGUUCUUUGUUUACCUUUUUCCUUCAUGAUGCUUUUCAGUAAAGAUGGUAUGUGGAUGUUUGGAGACCGUUUCUGCAUUGCCAACGGAUUUUUCAACACUUGUUUUGGUAUUAUCUCUACCUUAACAAUGACCCUCAUUUCUUUUGACCGGUACUAUGCCAUCGUAAGGCAACCACAAGAAAAAAUUGGCAGGAAGAGGGCCAUCCAGCUGUUGGUGGCAGUCUGGUUGUCGGCGGUGUUUUUCUCCCUUCCAUGGUACUUGGUCUUGCGAACAUCUGAUCACCUGGUGGUACACAAACAGGGAUUUUACCAUUGUAUGUACGUAUUUCACUCUGGUACCUCUAGAAUGGGCACUGCAUACAGUAUAGCUUUAAUUGUCGUAUGUUAUCUCCUUCCUUUUGCUCUCAUGUGCUUCUGUCACUACAACAUCUGUAAGACUGUCCGACUGUCAGAAAUUAGGGUGCGGCCAGUAACCACUUAUGCGCACCUGCUUCGUUUCUACAGUGAGAUGAGGACAGCUACUACAGUUUUGAUAAUGAUUGUGUUCAUCAUCUUCUGCUGGGGCCCUUACUGUUUAAUGGGCAUCAUCACUGCCGUGGGAGACUACUCCUUUAGCCCUGCCAUGGACACGGUCGCUAUCUGGAUGGCCUGGGCAAACGGUGCCAUAAAUCCUUUGAUAUAUGCCAUAAGGAACCCCAACAUAUCGAUGCUCCUGGGCCGUAGUCGGGAGGAGGGCUAUAGGACUAGAAAUAUUGCCGCCUACCUAUCAACUCAGACACAGAGCAGAGAGGUCAGAACGCGAGCUGACAGAAUCAGAGACCGAUACGUCAGCAGACACGGUGCCAACAGUCGCUUGUCUUCCUCCAGUCCGGCAAACGGGGGAGAAGUUGCCAUGUGGGCCUGUAAAAAUCCGGCAGUGUUCUUCUGCAGAGAUGGUCAGCCCGAUACUUUGUCUGAACCUGCGGUCCCCAAGGUUGAGACCGCUGACACUAGUUUGUAA